GAGGUUGUGAGUCUGACAGCGCCACAUGUAUGUUGUUGUCUUGUUGAUGCUGGAUAUUUAAAGAGUUUCUGUCUUCACGGUCAUCUUCCUCCUUUGGGACCAGACCCCUGAGGUGAAAUGAGGAAUCUGAAGCUGCUGAAGAGCCUGCGGAGCUCAGAGCUUCAGGGUCCAGGCUCUCCACAGUGUUUCUCUGUGCGGGCCGAUACUGGUUCGCUGCUGAUUGCCUCACAGUACUCCAUCACAGAGUACGACCCCCGAGCUGGUCAGGUGGUCAGUGAAGCCUCACUGACGGCAGACAGUUUCCUCCCAGAGGAUGGCAGCGGAGUGGUGGUCGGACUGCAGGACCUGGCUGAACUCGAGUCCGCAUGUUUGGCCACAGCAAGCGGGGAUGUUGUUCUCUUCAACCUAAACACCUGCCAGUUGGAGUGUGUUGGCAGCGUCGACAGCGGUCUUACCUCGAUGAGCUGGAGUCCUGAUGAGGAGCUUGUCAUUCUCACAACUGGUCAGGAAACCAUCAUUAUGAUGACCAAAGACUUCGAGCCAAUCACUGAGGUCGGAAUCCACCAGGACGAUUUCGGUGAAGGGAAGUUCAUCACAGUGGGUUGGGGGAAGAAGGAGACUCAGUUCCAUGGCUCAGAGGGGAAACAGGCAGCGCAGAAGAAGAUCCAGGAGGUGCAGCCCGCUGUAGCCUGGGAUGACCGCAGGCCUCGUGUGACGUGGCGAGGUGAUGGUCAGCUUUUUGCUGUCAGCGCCAUCUGUCCUCAGACUGGAGCCAGGAAGGUCCGGGUCUGGAAUCGAGAGGGCGUCCUGCAGGCCACCAGCGAGCCCGUCAACGGCCUGGAGCAGGCACUCUGCUGGAAACCAUCGGGUAGCCUGAUAGCGAGCACUCAGCGUCAUCCCAACAAACACAGCGUGGUGUUCAUGGAGAAGAACGGACUGCUGCAUGGAGACUUCACUUUGCCAUUCAGUAAAGACCAAACCAAGGUGAAGAAGCUGCUGUGGAACAGUGACUCCACUGUUCUGGCUGUUUGGUUGGAGGACAUGACUGCUGGGGAGGAUGGACAGGUCAACAGUUACAUCCAGCUGUGGACGGUGGGGAACUACCACUGGUAUCUGAAGCAGAGCCUGGACUUUGGCAGAGACCCUCAGAAGGCUCCAGUUUGUGUCUGCUGGGACCCUGAGCGCCCCCUACAGCUCCAUGUGGUGUCCCACAGCUGGACCAGCAUCACCUACGACUGGGGCUGGACGACGGAGCGCAGCCCCGGACUGGACGCCACAGACAACGCCAACGUGGCUGUGAUCGAUGGAGAAAAAAUCUUGGUGACUGCGUUCAGGCAGUGUGUGGUUCCUCCUCCCAUGUGUUCAUUCGAGCUCCAGUUAAAAUCACCGGUUAACCAGGUGACUUUCCUGUGUCGACCUGAGAGGACCAAUCAGCUGGCAGCAUUCACCGCUGAUGGACGGAUCUCAGUCUACAGCCAAGAUUCAGGAGAGCAGGCUGACAAAACGGCAGAUGCGUUCAAGAUCGUGUCUCAUCCUCUGGUCCUCCAGAAAACCUUCAGACUGGCAGCUCUUCAGGACGAUCCUCUGGCCCUGCGGCAGCUGCUGUGGCUGGAGGAUGAGCUGUUUGUGGGUGUCAGUUCCGGUCUGCUGCCAACCUCCUCCACCCUGCUGAUGCUCCGACCUGUUCAGGACGCUGCUGACACACUCGCUGUGAGGUCGACUGUGGAAGUGGAUGGUGUUGUGGUCAGUAUGGUUCACUGCUCUCAGACUGGAACUGUGGCCCUGCAGCUGGAGGACGGACAGAUCCGGAAACUGCUCUGGGAUCAUCCUGAUCCAUCCGUGGAGGAUUGGCGUGACUCCAGCAGUUGUAGCAUCAACUUUCCUGUUUCCUGCGUCCAGACGGCGCUCUGCAGCAUCAGCGGAGAGGAACAUCUACUUGGCCUGACGGACAGAUCCCACCUGUACGCUGGAGACACAGAGCUGGCCUCCAAUGUCUGCUCGUUCGCUGUUUGCAACGACUUCCUCCUCAUCACCACGCACUCACACACCUGCCGCUGCCUCCGUCUGAGCAUGCUCACUGUCAAAGGGCUGCAGGCGGCCUUGGCCUCAGACGGAGGUCAGAACGAUGAGACGCUUCGGCGAGUGGAGAGAGGAUCCAGGAUCGUCACUGUGGUGCCUCGAGACACCAGAGUGAUUCUGCAGAUGCCUCGUGGGAAUCUGGAGACCAUCCAUCACAGAGCGCUGGUGCUGGCUCAGCUCAGGGCGUGGUUGGACAGUUUGAGAUUUAGAGACUCCUUCGAGUGUAUGAGGAAGCUGAGGAUCAACCUAAAUCUCAUCUAUGAUCACAACCCAAAGAUUUUCUUGGAGAACUUACAGACCUUCAUCACGCAACUCAACUCCAUCAACCACAUCAACCUCUUCCUCACCGAGCUCAAAGAGGAGGACACGACCAGCAGUAUGUACCUCCGUCCUGACAGCAGCCCCGUCCAGCACCAACCAGCCUCUGGGCAGAAGAAGGUGGAUGUGGUUUGUGAUGCUUUACGGAACGCAAUGGAAUCAAUGGAUCCAAACAAGUUCUGUCUGUGCAUACUGACUGCUCAUGUGAAAAAGACGGUUCCAGAGCUUGAGAUCGCUCUGCAGAAAGUCCACGAGCUUCGAGAGAACCCUCCUGAAGCUCCGGGAGCUGUGAGCGCUGAAGAGGCGUUGAAGUACCUCCUGUUCCUGGUCAACGUUAACGACCUUUACGAACACUCACUGGGAACGUACGACUUUGACCUCGUGCUCAUGGUGGCUGAGAAAUCACAGAAGGACCCCAAAGAGUACCUUCCCUUCUUAAACAUGCUGAAGAGCCUGGAGCCGAACUACCAACGCUACACCAUCGACAAACACCUGAAGCGCUACAAGAAGGCCUUGCUCCACCUCAGCAAGUGUGGAGAGGAACAUUUCCACGAAGCUCUGCAGCUGGUGAAGGAGCAGAAACUCUACAGUGAAGCUCUGAAACUGUAUCCAGCAGAUAGUGCUCACUACAAGGCUCUGAGCUGCGCAUAUGCUGAGCACCUGGUGGAGCAGCAACAGGCGGAGCAGGCUGGCUUGUUGCUAUGGCGAUGUGGAGAGCCAGUCCGUGCCCUGCAGGCUUUCGCCGGCAGCUCCAGCUGGAGAAACGCCAUCUGUGUGGCGCAGCAGAUACCGCUACCACCGGACCAGUUAGCUCUGCUGGCCAGAGACCUGGCAGAGAAGCUGACUGAACAGAGGCGCUAUGCAGAUGCUGCUCUGCUGCUGGACCAGUAUGCAAAAGACUGUGAGGAAGCCAUCUUGGCUCUGAUCACUGGUGCAGUCUGGGAGGAGGCACUGCGACUGAUUUACAUGCACAACAGGCAAGACAUCACUGAGACCAACCUGAAGCCUGCGUUAUUAGAAGCCGUCGGUACCCAAACUCUGUUCCUGGAGGCUCAGGUAGCGACGUUCUCGCGGCACAGGACCCGGCUGGCUGUGGUCCGUGAGCAGAAAGAGAAGGCCAGACUGGACAUGCUUGAUGAAGAUGGUCCUGACUGUCCCGAUGCUGAACUUUACUCUGAAGCCAGCAGUGUAAUGACCGGUUCCAAGUACUCCCAGAGUAACUCCCGUAUCUCCUCGAGAUCAUCAAAGAACCGUCGGAAAGCCGAGCGAAAGAAGCUGAGUCUGAAGGAAGGAAGCCCGAUGGAGGAUAAAGCGCUGAUGUAUGCCCUGGGUGAGAUCAUCACCACCGUGGACAAGAUGAGAGAGGAAGUACACAACCUGCUGAAGGCCUUGGUGCUGUUCCAGUUUGACAAACAGGCAGUGAAGCUGCAGCUGGCCUAUGAGGACGCUCUGCAGAUGAUGGAGGCAGCAGUUCCUGAGGUGUGGCCUGAAGGCCUGCAGAACAGCCAAGCCCCGCUGACUGGGCCCAACUCCACAGCGAACAGCAUCAUGGCUUCUUUCCAACAGCAGCAGAGACCUGCAGCUUCACAACAAGAUGCAGAGGUUCCAACGCCACCAAAGAUGAGGAACGGCAUCAAGUGGAAGCUCGCUGUUCUUAAGUAAAGUUGUUUUGUUUUUAGCUGUAAAGUCAACUGUUAUUAUGUAAUAAAUAAAGAUUCAAUUCAUGUCUCCUCCUCUA